AACCGGAGACGAUCAUGAACUUGAAUGCGUCCUCGGUCAGUUAACCAUGGAGCGUUGGCGAGGCAAAGUUGCGGUCGUCACAGGUGCAAGUGCAGGCAUCGGGGCCGCGGUCGUUGUAAAACUAAUCGAAGAAGGACUGGUGGUCGUGGGAUUGGCCAGGAGGAAGAAUUUAAUAGAGGAACUGUCAGAGAAACUGCGGGACAAGCCCGGCAAAUUGCACGCCUUGGAGGUGGACAUCACCAACGAACAACAGAUAAUCCAAGCCUUCCAAAUCAUCGAGGAAACAAUCGGACCAGUUAAUAUUUUGAUAAACAACGCCGGCGUGGCCCUAAAGAACACAAUCAUCAACGGCAACACCGAGCUGUGGCGUCAGGUCUUCGACGUCAACGUUUUAGGCCUGACCAUCGCAACGAGGGAGGCGAUUAAAAGCAUGCAAAAGAAUAACAUAGAUGGUCACAUAAUCAACGUGAACAGCGUGGCAGGUCACCAGGUACCACCGGUGCCAUUCAACAACGUGUACCCAGCUUCGAAACACGCAGUUACUGCCCUAACCGAAACCUUGAGGCACGACUUGAAGACAAUCGGAAGCAAAAUUAAGUCAACAAGCAUCAGUCCGGGUUAUGUAGCGACGGAGAUCGUUAAGGCUGGAGGGUUUUUGGAGGACCCAGCUAUGGCUCAAAUUAUUGCCAAUGUUCCAGCUUUGAACUCCGAAGAUGUUGCCAACGCUGUUGUUUACGUUCUUGGAACUCCUCCACAUGUUUUGAUAAGCGAACUAACUAUAAAGCCACUUGGGGAGAUGAUAUGAGGAUUAUCGACGACAUUAACAUAUAUUUAUGAUUCAUAUUUAAAUAAAUACACAAAUACGUCUA